CGAGAGAGAGCCUUGGGUCGCUGCUGGGAUGGAGGAGUUUGUGUGUGUUUGUGGGUGUGUGUGGCGAGGCGCCCCGCCAGCGAGGAGGGCUCUGCGGGGCCAAAGCGCUGCCCCGGGGCGAACGGCGCCAGCCCGAACCUGUCGGUGUCAGAAGUGGAAGCGGCAGCCCCGCGGUCCCGCGCGGCAGCAGGUUGGGAUGUCGGUCUCUAUCCUUUCCUGUCACAUGGCUGGUAAUAGGAUCCUCAUCUGCCACUCGGCACCUCGCCGGGGCGCACUUACAGGACACAUGCUGUAGGGCCUCCGCUUCCCGCACUUUGCGCUCUUCCCGGCCGCCUGCCACCCCCGGAGAGCCGGGGCUGCCGCCUGCGAGCGCGGCGCGGCCCGGCGGCCGCUGCCUAUGGAGCCUCCCGCCCUCGCCGCCGUCCUGGCCUUCUCCGGGCUGGCGCUGAGCUGCUGCCGUGAGCCCCUUCAGUCCGAAUGCUAUACAGCAAAUGGGGCUGACUAUCGUGGCACUCAGAACCAGACCUCCCAACAUGCAGGGAAACCUUGUCUUUUUUGGAAUGAGACCUUUGAGCAUCCUUAUAAUACUGUGAAAUAUCCCAAUGGGGAGGGAGGGCUUGGAGAGCAUAACUACUGCAGAAACCCCGAUGGGGAUGUCAGCCCCUGGUGCUAUAUUGCAGAACAUGAAGAUGGAAUAUACUGGAAAUACUGUGAGAUUCCAUCCUGCCGAAUGCCAGGAAAUCUGGGCUGUUACAAGGACCAUGGAGAGCCACCACCUUUGACUGGCACCAGCGAGACUUCCAAUAAACUCACAAUCCAAACGUGCAUCAGCUCCUGCCGGAGUCAACAGUUCAAGUUUGCAGGCAUGGAAUCAGGUUAUGCUUGUUUCUGUGGAAAUAACCCUGACUACUGGAGAUAUGGGGAGGCAGCCAGUACGGAAUGCAACAGUGUUUGCUUUGGAGACCACACUCAGCCCUGUGGUGGGGAUGGCAGAGUCAUUCUUUUUGACACCCUUAUUGGUGCCUGUGGAGGGAAUUACACUUCUGCUACAGCUGUGAUCUAUUCCCCAGAUUUUCCUGACACAUAUGGCACAGGCAAAGUCUGUUACUGGACCAUACAAGUUCCAGGAGCAUCUCAAAUCCACUUCACCUUUGUCCUUUUUGAAAUCAAAGAUGCUACAGAUAUGGUGGAAUUGCUGGAUGGUUACACCUACCAUGUUCUAGCUCGUUUCAAUGGCAAGAACCGCCCUCCCCACACCUUUAACAUCUCUCUGGAUUUUGUCAUUUUGUACUUUUUCUCUGAUGACAUCAAUCAAGCCCAGGGAUUUGCUAUCAGGUAUAGAGCUGUGAAGGACAAUGUGCAUCAAAACAAGAUCCCAGUGAAUCACAGCCUUUCAGAGAGGACAAAUGAACAAACAAAUCUCAGCAUCAAUGCAGCCCGGUCAUCAAAGAUACUCUACGUCAUCACAACCAGCCCAAGCCAUCCAACGAGCUCCAUGCCUGAAUGGACAAUAUACAGUCUCACAGCACUGCUCAUCCUAAGUGUUACAGCCAUAAUAGCAAAGAUACUUCUGCACAUUACCAUGAGGUCCCACCAGAUUCCAGCUGCAGCUGAAACAGAAGAUUGCAGUGAUGUCACUACUGCUGGGGAGAUCUGGAGUAUAUUUUACCAACCAUCCACAUCAAUAUCCAUCUUCAAGAAAAAGCUUCGAAAUCAACAAGAUGACUGCAACCCACUGGUGGGAAACUGAGGAGUCUUUCAGUUUGCAAGAAUUCAUCUUCUUAAAAUCCAGGUGACUUGAGAUUAAUCUCCCUUUUUUUUCCUCCCAAUCUCAUACCUGUUUUCCAAAGAGUCCCUUUCCAAAGGCCUUUGAGUGACUUUGCCUAUCUGCUGUUCUCUUGGAUAUACCAGUGACAACGGAUUUAAUUGCAGCAAUAAUUUUGAAAUACCUGGUGCUCCUCAAGUCUGUAGUGCUGUUAAACACUGCCUUUAAACCAUUGCACUUAAAAUAGAUGUAAAAACUCGUAAAAUUCAAAUUGUCCUGUACCCCUGCCAAAGGUGGCUGUAGGGGUAUCCACAGGCUGAGGAUUUCUUGUGUCCCACCUGCCUGUACCACUGUAUUAUAUCAGGAGACUUCAGUCCUUUUGUUCUCAAGGCUGACACAGAGGUUCAGCUACCACAGCAACAGAGCUUAUUUGCUUUGAUGUAAGCACAUUUAAAUGGUACUACACAGUAGAAUGGGAAUCAAAGACUGGAAAAAUUAUCAGCCUGGUUGCUCAGUGCUGUGUUUCUGUGUCUACAGGCAGAGAUGCAAACAUAAAAAAUCAAAUUCAGGACGCCUCUAAAACAAGAUUCAGCUACAAAUACGCAUUUUGAUUGACUAGUGCCCACCAGGUCAAGGCCUGCAGAAGCACUGAAGCCUUUUAAAUGACCCUGUGUGACCCAUCAUUCACUGAUGUUUGUGAUAAUUUUGUUCAUAUUCACAGUGAUCCUUUAAAAAAUUAUUGUACUCCAGCCUGACAGCCACCAUUCAUCCUGGGUGUAAGCUUAAGGCUUCUUCAAGGAUUGUCCAAAGAUAAUUCCACUGAAUUUUUAUCAGUGAGGCUGACUAACAGAUUUUUACUCUGAAGUCACCUGUAUUAAUCUCAGCAGCCCAAACUAUUUACAAAGCUGUAGGCUGCUACCACCAACUCACCUGGGCCAGGCUGUGCAGCUGAACUGGACACUCACCUGUGAGGAGAAGUGUCUCCUUGCCUCAAACACUAAAACUGAACUGAAUUUUUAAGGUAAUUGCCUUAAUUGUCAAAGAACUGAAACAUCAGUGGGGUUCUGACCUGUGAACUAUUUUCUCUUUGAUUGCAACAGACAGCAUUAACUAUUUCUUCUCUUUGGUACACUGACUGUGUAUCCACAAUACUCAGAUUUCUCAUCCCACCACAAGUGGGAAACAAGUGAUCCCUUGGGAUCAGCAGUGAGUUCUUCAGCUUCAGCAAGUUCAGACCAAGAUAUUUAGGGAAAACUGUCAAUGCAAAUGUCAGAUAAAUUGACUGGCAAAGUUUACAGUGGGCAGCUCCUCAAACUCAGAGGAGAUUCACUGAGAACUAUUAAACUACAGUAAUUCUGGUUUAAGUUUGAACUUAAGCCAAUGGUCUGCAAAUACCAGAUGUGCAGUCAAAGAGCAUCUAUUAAGUGCAUCUGCAAAAAGUAAUUAAGAAAAGUAAGAAAAAUGUCACUGAGUUUAAAUUCAUUCUAUUAUCUGCACAUAUAUUUUUUAACUUAUAACUCCCUUUUUGUGAGAACUACAGAUUUCACUGAAAAAACAGGGUAUCAAAAAUUAAGCAGUGAAAUAUUGUGCUUUACCACUGUAGAUCUUGUCUUUUACCUGAACUGAAUUCAGUCCAGCUCAAUUUAUGUAGCACAGAUGAGUGCUAGAGACAGCUGAACAACAUCACAAUGUGUGCUUAAAAGAAACCAGACUUCACUAAGCCAGCAAUUAUGGAAUUGUUUAUAUAAAAAAUGGAAUAGCAUGGGAACAUCCAGUACUUUCUUGCAUGAGCUGCUGGAGAGAAUACAGGAAAAUAUAAUUACAGUAUUAGCUAAAAUGAAGACAGGACAAGUUGUAAAAAAUAUGCUGGUUCUCUCCUAUGUGUCAUCAUGUUGGACCAAAAACCAUUGUCUCUUUCAGACCCAACAAAAGUUCUGAAAUUGCCUCUUUUAAAAGUAAGGUUUUGCAUCACUCUGUGUGGAGAAACAAUUCACCUCAGAGAUUCAUGGCAAAACAAAGUAGGUUGGUUCCUAAGCAUCCCUAAUUUAGUGCACUAAUCAGAAACCAGGCAGAGAAUCACAGCGUGGUGCCACAUCCUGAGGAGCUGGUACAAGCACAGUGCUUAUCACCAAGUGAUGAAGCUUUGCUUGCCUUGUCAAAUGCAAGUUAAACAUUUUGUCAGAGACACAUUCAUAAAGCAGUUCCCUAAUGGUGAUUAACUUAAAAAACAUCAGGAACACCCAGUGACUGAUUUUCACCUACUGCAGGAAAAAAAAAUACAGAAUGUUACGCUUCUCUUCCUUAGUGAAGAAUUUAAUUUCACUAUAAUAUUAGAGAAAAUAUCAUUACAAAUAGCAACAAAGACUGAUGCUACCAAUGCAAAAUCUAAAGAAUUCAAGAAGUGAGAUUUUCGCAUUGCUCCCUUAGCCCCUCAAUUAUUUUUUAAAUAAAAUUGUAUUUGAUGGGAUUUUCUAGGAGAACAUUAAUCAAAUUUAUGUACAGAAGUCCCAUAAAAACAGCACUUACAGCAGAUUAACUGGUCAUGGCAACAAUAAGCAUGACUAUAUUAGACAGUGCAUGGGUAAUACACUGAUAAAAGCAUAGAAAAAAUUAUGUUCCCCCCUCCAAAUCUUUCAUACUGCCUGAUUCUAGAUACUUCUAGUGCAAGCAAACAGAGCAAUGGGUGGAAAUUCAUGGACAGGGUCCCUUCAAUAGCACUUAUUACCUUACAGGGCUGAGAGCAUGAAGAGCAGGUAGAUGUCCAGAGUGGAUUUUUUCUAAAUGUGGUAGGGUCACUCACACUCCUGGUGCAGACACUUCAGGGUGUGGUGAUUGAUGGCCAGGACACGUGGUGUCCAUUAACAGAGCACAUUUUGAGCUUUUCUGUAAGGGUUUGGGGGAAAAAGCAACAAAAAGUGUGACCAUGCACAACUGCUGAAAUCCCACAAAAGCAAUGCCCCUACUACACAGCCAGCUGAGAGCUGGCAGCUGGAGAGCAGGGACGCCUCAGGAUGUUGGUGUUUACACCAUUUUCUUUGACAAAUUUGAAAAUAACUGCAGAAGAAGAAUCUGUUUGGAAUUGUAUCUGAACGGCCUUCUGAGCUCCUGCCCAGCAGUCCCCUGAUGAGGCUGGACAGGCUGCAAAUGUGACACUGGAUACAAUGUCAAAAGCAACUGUUGUGACAACCAAAUCAUGGUGAGGAGCUGCCUCCUCAUUCCCGUGGAUCUCACUCCUGCUCUGGCCCCUGCUCACCCUGUGUUGGUGUGACCAGCUGUGUAGAGGUGCAAUAAACUGAUCAAAACCUCCAUGGCUUUUUCUUCCCUGGGUUACUUUUCCCAGAGCUGAGCUCCCCGACCUCGCUCUCUGGGUGGCUGCACAGGGAGGUGAGCUCAGAGCUCCCUGAGCCCACAGCCAAGCAGGCAGUGAGGCACAGGACAAGGACAGACGUGUGCCCCAGGAGCUGGCAAUGAGCCCUGGGGCUGGGACUGCCACAGCAGCAGUGUGAGCCUGCUGCCCUCACUGCACCAGCAGCCUGCACUGCCUGUGGACCUCAGCUGGACAAGUGCCUUCCCUCGUUCAAAAUCUCCAUUUAAAACUAGUUUAGUUUGUUGACUACGUGAUUUUUAUAUGUAUUUUUAUCUUAAUAUUGCUAUGUUGUGGGAAAAUAGAGACUUUGUUAUGUAAAAAUGUGUGAUGUGUUAUCAUAGUAAUAUAUAUAUUUGUAUAUGUAUAGGAAAUGCAUUAUUUAAUACAGCAUAUUAUGCUUGUUUCUUGCUAACAUUUUAUAGGAAGAAAAGAUGUUUCACUCUGGGAAAAAUAAAUUUUCUAUACACUGUAACCAUAGGGAAAAAAAUCAAAGAUAUUUCUUUGGUAUAUAUGAUAGAAAGACAUUAAGAGAAGGGGAACUCAGCCCCAGUUUUGUGACAGAAUAGAUGCUGAUAAAACAAGUGCUGUAAGAAACACUUUCCUCCUUUGAAUCUCAUUUCUAGCCUGUAAUUUUAUUAGGCUGUUCAUCAGAUUCUGCAAAUUCAUGUGCAUAUACUCUCAGGAAGACUUUUACCAUCAAACACGUAAUCUGCUUUUUCAAUCAAGCAUUCACAUCAUCUUCUUUAGGACUUGUUUCUGCCAGGUUUUCUACAGCCAGGACAGUGCUGAGGAAUCACAUUGCUCAUACAGACAAUUCAGUAGGAUUGCAGAAUUAAAGUCUACAUAUUCCAACCCUCCCUGGCAACAGUAUAAGUAAGAGAUUUUUAUGGCUCGUCCUGGAAACUGCACUGACUCUACAGCCUGGAUGACUACAGGCCAAACACAUUCAGCUGCCACUGGAUGGGCACAGGUAGCUGUUCCACUUUCAUCUUCUGCUUAAUAAUCCUUCUCAGGCAGGGGGAAGGAACAGAUCUUUCUAGUGCACCACCUUGCCUAAAGGAAGGGUGAACUACAAAAACAACUCCUGACAAAAACUUGUCCAACUAGUUCUUACUGCCUUGCAGCAGCAUUUCCCAACCUUCCAAUGAAAUACAGUUCACUGAUAGGCUCACCUGAAUAUUGUUCUGGACAUUUAUGGACAAUUCUGCUACCUUGAGAGUGAAAAAUACCAAUUUUUUUGUAACAUAUCCCCACUACACACACAUUUCACACCACUCAUACUCUCAAAUUUACUGAGCACCUGUGCUUUGGCAUGAAAUUUGGAUUGUGAACUUCAGUCUAAAGACACUUUGCCACCAAAAAUCCAAAAGCUAUCAUGUGAACCACGUAAGGCUGUCAAGAAACCAGAAUAAAUCAAACUUGAGAUGACUCGCUGCUGAAGUAUGCACUGUGUUUGUAAUAGCUCACUCUGCAUUCAGCACAUGGUUGUAAAUAAUAAUUAUGAAAAAAUAAAUACAGUGUAUUUUUCAGUUAGGAUGACUUAAGUGUAUACAAACAUGAAAUAAAGGAGGAAGAAAUGGCUGCAGAUCACCAACAGAUUACACGAGCACUGCCUGCUGUAAAUGUUAGAAGAGAGUAUUAGAGCUGAGAAUGAUUACUUUAUAUAUGAAGUAUGAUACUGCUCUAAAACACAAUUUCUGAGGUAACUGCAAAUUGGAAGUUUUCAGUUUACAUGUUUUCAAACUUUUAGAAAGAACUUGAACAAUUCUUUCAGUGCUUGUUUUGCAAAUUGCAGCAAUGUGCAAUGCUGUUUCCACUUUCUUGCAAGAUUCAUCUUUUCUCUAAUUAAUUCCUCCUGGCCAAAAUAAUGCUACAGUUUCAGAAACCUUCAGCAACCUUUUAUGUAAACACCAGAAAACCAGUGACAAACACCAAAACUGUCUCCAGCUUUUCACGUGAAGACGCAUUUUGCUUUUAGAAACGCAGCUGUCACAGGGGACCAGCAUCCCCUUACUCUGCUCUCCUUUCUUGCCAUUCCAGUUAUGAGACUCUGGCACUUUGGUUUUUUCUGGGAACUGUUCCCUUCUUCUUUCUUGGUUGUUUCCUAAGCAGCAGUUUCAUUCCCCACGAGGGAAAUGUGUUCUUUAUUCUGAAAGAGACACUUUUCUAUGAAGCAUUUAGGUCACAGGAGCACGGUGCUUUCACUGCAAGAUAAAAUAUCUGCUUUCAGGUAAGCCAUUGUCUCCCUGGCCAGAGAAUUAGGCCGAGCUGGCUCCACAGGGAAUGAGCUUGGCCAUCCUUUUAAGGGCAUUGUUCUCUUCACCCUACCCAAGUAACAACAAACGUUACCUAACAGCUGUCAUAGGAUUUGACAGAUGCACACAAUAUUGCAGAUAGUGUUACAGAAACACCAAGUGUUACCAUAAUGUACAAUCCAUUAAGAAUAAUUUGCUCCUGCUUGUCUUUUUCUCCUAUAUCCAGGUUCUGUGGAGGUUUGUGGUGCCCCACAGGACUCUCAUUUUGUCACAAAUUUGUUCCUUAAACAUCGAACCUGAAAAGUAAAAAGAACCUCCUCCUCCCCCUUGCCAAGUACCCAAAUGUUCAUUUUGGACAGCAAAUAUUUACAUUUAGUCAUUUUUUAAAAACCACAACAAAGACUAGACAGAAUAUCACACAGAGCUAAGCACCACACACAGGUUCAGCCAGCAGCCCACUGCUGUCUUCCAUGGGCUCAAUGAUUAUUAUGUCCUGUUCUUAGAAGCACAAACCGGGCAGUUUUCUUCAGAACAGGGAACAAGAAAACAAAACACCAGCAGCAACAGCAAACAGGGGUGGAGGGAGGGAAAAGAAGGGACAUUCAGACCUGUCACCAUAAGAGUUACCAGCCACCCACAUACAGGGGAUUUAUGCUAAUUGUAAAAACACCGGUUUCAUGAACUAAUUUGCAUAUAAAAGGCAUAUCUGUAAUCACUGGCAAUUGCCAAGACUGUUCACUGAGCACAAAAAAGGCACAGACUUUAAUUGGGAAGCACUUGCUCCUGCUGCUCCUCCAUUACUGUGCCUGUCCUCCCACACAGCCCAGGCUUUUCCAAGGUGCCUGAGAUCAGGAUGGGAACUGGUGCUCGUGCUGGGAAGGGUCCCCUGCAGAAUGACACUCCUGAACAGUCUGCCAUCCAAAUGACAGGGUUAUCACACAGGAGACAAGGAGGGUGCAGAGAAGGAAGGCUCAUUUCUGGGCUGAAUCCUGAGGUGAUUGAAUUACAGUGCAUUUGAACAUGGAUGAGGAAAGCCCAGGGGAUUACCAGGUGAAAAUCUCUGGGGGAAGGAAGAAGCUGGAGAAUCCUGGAAAAGGCUCUGUGAGUGUAUCACUGGAUGGGAAAUGAAUAACACAUGAAGGUGAACUGUUUACACAAUAACAUACAUGAACACACAUGUACAUACACACACAGAGCCACACAGCCCCAGGCUCCCCUCUUCUGGUGUCUGCAGAAACAUCUCUGGUGGAAUUGUGCUCUCUGCUGACAGAACGAGUACCACAGUAUUGAUCUGCACUUGAGCAGGACCAGGGAUUCCAUGAUCCAGGGCAAGGACCUGGUUCUGCUGGACUAUUCAGCUAUGAUUUACCCAGUUGUGUCCACCUGUAUCAUCCUCUCUCAAAACAAUUUUAUUUCAGGACAAGAAAUUACUUUUACCUGAAAUUCCAACCGAGUUAAGUUCCCCUGCCACAAGGAACAGGCAGGUUCCAAACAUAAAUGAGGAUUUCUUUUAGCUGGUACUUCUCAUGUGCCUGGGGGCUUCAGAGGCUUGUGUGACACCUACCCCCCAAUAACUGGUGUGCUGUGUAAAGGCAUACACAUA